UACAACGGAAUAUGCCAUUCAACGAACAUUAUCAGAAUGAUAUAAUGUACAUCACUCAGAUAACGCGUAACGUUCUGAGUUUAAUCGGGGUCUGGCCGCUCCUUAACCGAGAAAGAUCCACCGGCGAGAAAAUCCGCCAAUUUUUAUUGAUCAUAAUUUCCUACGCUCUUCUCUACUGUGUUUUGAUCCCUGGCGUCCUCUUUUGGCUAAUCGAGCAUAGGGCACACAUCAGAAUUCAAACAAUUCCUUUGGUUCUUUACGGCUUCAUGGCCACCAGUAAAUACGGUAAUUUAAUAUACCGAGAGAAACAGAUCAAACGUUGCCUGAAACAUAUCGAGGAGGAUUGGAAAAAUGUGAUGGGCGUGGACACACGAGACACAAUGAUCGAAUCCGCGAAAACUGGGAGGCGCCUGGUCGCACUUUGCGGAGUCUUCAUGUACGGUAGCGGGCUCUCCUUCCGGUCGUUUCUGCAGUUGACCAAACAGAAGAUCGUCACGGCGCAAAACAUCACAAUCAGACCCUUACCUUGCCCGGCUUAUUUCGUUUUCUUCGAUGUACAAAUUAGUCCUGCUUACGAGAUGGUCUUUCUGAUUCAAUUUUUGUCUGGGAUAGUCACCUAUUCCAUAACAGUUGGUGUAUGCGGUCUCGCGGCCGUCUUCGUGAUGCAUGCUUGCAGUCAGUUGAAGAUUCUAGUGGAGUUGAUGAGGAAUCUCGUGGAGGAGAAAUGGAAAGAAAAAGAUGAUGUGGAUAAAAAACUAGCUGAGAUGGUUGAGCAUCAAAUAAGAGUGCGAAAUUUCUUACAAUUAGUAGAACGUACUCUACAACAAGUAUGUUUGAUCGAAUUAUUGGGGUGCACGAUAAUUCUCUGUCUUUUGGGAUAUUGUAUAAUAACGGAAUGGGAAAAUAGCAAUCCGCUAGCUAUAUGCUUCUACUUUAUCUCACUGUCAUCUAUGGUAAUAAACAUGUUUUUAUUUUGUUACACUGGUGAACAGCUUAGUGUACAGGCGGAUAAAGUAGCUAGCACUUCGUGCGAUCUCGAAUGGUAUCGUCUCCCGGAUAAAAAGGCGCGUGAAAUCGUGCUAGUGAUGAUUAUGUCCAACUUACCUACGAAAAUCACCGCUGGAAAAAUCAUGGAUCUGUCGUUCAAGACGUUUGGUGACGUUGUUAAAACAUCUGUGACAUAUUUUAACAUGAUACGGAAUGUCACACACUGAAUAUUCUUAUUUGGACUGACAAAACUACGCAUUGGCAGACGUCGCAUCUUGUGUAUUCGCUACAUAAGUGUAUCAACUACGAAACAUUGGGUGAUGUAUAUAUGUAUAUAUCAUAUGU